AUGGAUAACCUCACCAUCAUCACAGAAUUCAUUCUCAUGGAUAUAGCGAGCUCUAGGGAGAUACAAAUUUUACAAGGACUUCUGUUCUUAGUGAUUUAUCUGGGAGCCCUGGCUGGAAAUCUUCUCACUGUAAUGGUCAUCGUGAUAGACCCACAUCUUCACUUUCCAAUGUACUUCUUUAUAGCAAAUUUAUCUAUUGUAGAUUUUUGUUAUAUCUCUGUUACAGUUCCAAAGUCUAUUGUGAAUUCUUUAACAGGCAGGAAAUCUAUUUCUCUCCCAGAAUGUGUGGCUCAGAUUUUCCUGUAUAGUUCCUUUGCAGCUUUAGAGUAUGCACUUCUUAUAGUCAUGUCCUAUGACCGCUAUGUUGCUAUCUGUCAGCCCUUACACUAUGGAAUUGUUGUUACACCCCAUAUGUGUGCACAGGCAGCAGGGGGAUCAUGGGUCUGUGGACUGGUCUAUUCUGCUAUGCACACAGGCACCAUUUUCAGUCUUCCCUUCACAAAAUCUAAUGUUAUCUAUCAAUAUUUCUGUGAUAUUCCUCAACUUUUGAGAAUUUCUUCUUCACACGUGCAGUUUUCUGAGUAUAUUCUUAUUGCUGUUAGUUCAGUUAUAUCUUUGAUAUGUUUUGCUUUUUUGUUUACAUCUUAUGUUAAAAUAUUUUCAACUGUGUUUAAGAUGCGCUCUGAAGAAGCCCGCAACAAAGCCUUAUUCACCUGUACCCCACAAUUAGUGAUACUUGUUCUAUUUAUGAUUUCCAUACUGAUGGCUGCCUUAAGUCCAGUCUCAAAUAAGGCAUCUCUUAGAAGUCUUCUUAUUGCUAUGUUCUAUAAUAUGGUGCCUCCAGUCAUGAACCCUAUUGUCUUCAGUCUACGAAACAAAGAGAUUAACUCUGCUCUAGGAAGAAUGUUCAACAGAUAUUUUGUGUUCACAAGCAGAAAUGUUCUUGAUUCAAAAUAA